AUGGGGUUUCUGGGGGUGGUAGGUGGUGCUGUAAUAGUCGCAAUUUGCCACAGCAUAAUCGUGUUUUGCAAUGACCGGCAGCAACAGCAAAGGCGUCAGAGUAGAAACGCGACUACUACUGUUAAUAUUAUUAACCCAAUUCCAUUUCCAAGGCGGGAGGGCGGAGAGCGGAACGACGUCGUUGUAAUGGAUGCCAGGUUGGACCAUCCAACGGUCCACGUGAAUGCGGUUCAAUCCAAGGGCUCAAAGGAAGAAGUGUGCGCUGUCUGCUUAGGGGAGUUCACACAAGGCGAAGGGGUCCGCGUGCUCCGCGAUUGCUCCCACAUGUUCCACGUGUCAUGCAUUGAUACGUGGCUGGGAAUCCACCCCAACUGCCCGCUCUGCCGCGCCACUGCCCGUCCGCCGCCGCCGCCGCCACCACCUGAACUCAGUGCCUAUUUGGUGUGA